AUGCCUGACAUUCUCAUCCUUGUUGUGCUGCUUGAGAAUGGAAAUCAGUUACUGGGUGAGAAAACUAAUCGGGAAGUGCGACGACCUCCAAAUUUUAGCGGUCCAUUGAUGCUUCCAACACGAGCUUCGGCAAAUAGUUUAUCAGCUCCAAUAAAGUCUGGUGGAGGAUUCAGGGAUUCCUUGGACGAGAAGUCUAAGGCUAAUCUAGUACAAAUUAAAGGGCGAUUCUCUGUGACAUCAGAAAAUUUAGAUCUUGUAAAGGAUAUACCCGGAAGUUCAGUUUCAUGCCGAUCUUCACAGAAUGGAAAGUUGCCACCAAUACUUCGCAGUUCAGAAAAUAAUGGCAGUGUUGAAACUUCAGCUGCAGAGAGGGAACGUCUUCUGCUGCUCAAAAUAAUAGAGCUUCAGACUCGGAUGAUCACUAUGACUGAUGAACUGACGGCGGAGAAGUUAAAGUACAUGCAGAUGAAACAACAGCUAACAGCUCUCCAAAGUAAGGAACAAAAUAGGGACAAGAGAGAGGAAGCUGCUUGA